CACUUCUGGGCUUCUGGCCACCAUGUGGAUGCUCACGCCCAUUGCUUUUGCUGGGAAGACGCUGAGCCUGUUCAGGCAGCCUCUGAGCUCUUUGUGGGGGCGUCUGGUGCCACUGUUCUGCUGGUUGAAGGCAGUAUUCUGGUUGCGAGGAGCCACAAGGGCACAGCGGCAGCAGGUCAGGGGAGAGCCAGAUGAAGCUGAGGAAGAAGAGGGAGAGGACAUCUAUGUGCCCACCACCCCCACCAGCGUCAACUACCACUUCACUCGCCAGUGCAACUAUAAAUGCGGCUUCUGUUUCCACACGGCCAAAACGUCCUUCGUGCUGCCCCUCGAGGAGGCUAAGAGGGGACUGAGUUUGCUAAAGAAAGCUGGUAUGGAGAAGAUCAACUUUUCGGGCGGAGAGCCAUUCAUCCACGACCGGGGAGAAUAUCUGGGCAAGUUGGUGAAGUUCUGCAAAGUGGACCUCCAGCUGCCAAGCGUGAGCAUUGUGAGCAACGGAAGCCUGAUCCGGGAGAGGUGGUUCCAGAAUUACGGUGAAUAUUUGGACAUUCUUGCCAUCUCCUGUGACAGCUUUGAAGAGCAAGUCAAUGUCCUUAUUGGCCGUGGUCAAGGAAACAAGAAUCAUGUGGAAAAACUUCAAAAACUGAGGACAUGGUGUAGAGAUUAUAGAGUUGCUUUCAAGAUAAAUUCUGUCAUUAAUCGAUUCAAUGUGGGAGAGGACAUGAACGAACAGAUUAAGGCGCUAAACCCUGUCCGCUGGAAAGUGUUCCAAUGCCUCUUAAUUGAGGGUGAAAAUUCUGGAAAAGAUGCUCUAAGAGAAGCUGAAAGAUUUAUAAUUAGUGAUGAAGAAUUCGAAGAAUUCUUAGAGCGUCACAAAGACGUGUCCUGUUUGGUGCCUGAAUCUAACCAAAAGAUGAAAGACUCCUACCUUAUCCUGGAUGAAUACAUGCGCUUUCUCAACUGUAGAAAUGGGCGGAAGGAUCCUUCCAAGUCUAUCCUGGAUGUUGGAGUGGAAGAAGCUAUAAAAUUCAGUGGAUUCGAUGAAAAGAUGUUUCUGAAGCGAGGAGGAAAAUAUGAAUGGAGCAAGGCCGAUCUGAAGCUGGAUUGGUAAACAGGAAGCGGAACAAGAUCUUGGCCCACUAGCAGGAAAACUCCAAGUGCAGCUGUCAAUGUCUGCAAUACUGUCCUGUUGUUAUUUCACA